CAAAGACAAAACCAAGAGAAAACCGACAGGACAUCCAAGAGAAGAAACAAACCCAGAUACCUUUUGCUCGGCGAAGUUUCCUGGGCUACCUUUCUUCCCUUCUCGCUCGCUUCCUUGGUGGAGCUUCUCCUUCUCUAUUUCUUUCUCUCUCUCCCCCUGCAAACGCCAACAGCUCCAAUUCUCUCAAAUGGGUUUGUGGGAUUCCCUUCUCAAUUGGCUCCGCAGCUUAUUCUUUAAGCAGGAAAUGGAGCUAUCCCUUGUUGGUCUGCAGAAUGCAGGAAAAACAUCUCUUGUUAAUGCCAUUGCUACAGGGGGCUAUAGUGAAGACAUGAUUCCAACCGUUGGAUUUAAUAUGAGAAAAGUUACAAAGGGUAAUGUGACAAUAAAACUGUGGGACCUUGGAGGGCAACGGAGGUUUCGUACCAUGUGGGAACGCUACUGUCGUGGUGUCUCUGCUAUUGUAUACGUAGUUGAUGCUGCUGAUAGAGACGGUGUUCCCAUAUCCCGAACUGAGUUACAUGAUCUCUUGACAAAACCUUCCUUAAGUGGAAUUCCUUUACUUGUUCUAGGCAACAAAAUUGAUAAGUCAGAAGCUCUUUCAAAGCAAGCUUUGGUGGAUCAACUAGGUCUCGAAUCGGUCACUGAUAGAGAGGUGUGCUGCUAUAUGAUUUCAUGCAAAGAUUCUGUAAAUAUAGAUGUUGUCAUUGAUUGGCUAAUCAAGCACUCAAGAACUGCAAAAUAAUCAGUGGUGCAAUAUUCUCCUGUUUUGCCCCAUUGAGAAAUGAUGGAAGGAAACACCCUGUGUCUACAAGCACAAACUCUGGUAAAUCUUUCCUGCGGAAUUUCCUUCAAUUUAUGGUAUUUGUGCCCCAAAUAAGUGUUUUAUAAACUGCUGGAAGGAUUUAGGCCCAGUUUUUGGUCACACUCCAAACUAGCAUUAUGUAGAGCAUUGGAACAAUUGAUGCAGGUUAUGUGCUUGCAGUCCCUCCCGUUUAAGUUCAUUAGCUGUGUAAUCGAUUAGUUUCUCCUGAUGAUCCAGAUUCAAAUCCAAAUGAAAAUGGGACUUGAGAUUAUUUGUUUUGUU